UUCGGAAACUGAGGCGUGCAGCAGAAGAUAACUUAGAAGGCCGUUCUAUUUUCAGAACCUGUGUAAAACUUCUUGGAGUUCUUACGGUGGGCGUUGUUCGUCCAGAAACGAAUAGGAAUUUGAACAGAGCGCUAUCCAACGUUUUUUGGCUUUGUUCUGCGAACUAGCGGGGGAAAAUUCGUUCUUCUCUUCUAUCCGGCGGAUUGAACUGCAAGGACUAUCUGUGACGUAAUCGAGGAACGUUAUCUUCCGGGAUCGGCUGUGUAAUCAACAAACAGUUUAUUCCGCAAUUUGAGACAACCAUUCUUUACACAUGGACCAGCAAGCAUAUGUAACCUGCGCAACGAAUGAUUCCUACGCACUAGGAGCCUUGGUACUAGCACAGAGUUUAAGGAAUGUAAAAACAUCAAGAAAAUUAGCCAUCAUCAUCACACCAGACGUUUCUGACAAAAUUAAAGGUCUACUAAAGAAUUCAUUUGAUGUUGUGAAAAUAGUCGAUGUGUUGGACAGUAAGGAUGAAGCCAACUUAGCCCUGCUUACACGGCCUGAUCUCGGAAUAACCUUCACAAAAUUCCACUGCUGGUCCCUAACGCAAUUCCAGAAAUGUGUAUUUUUAGACGCCGAUAUAAUAGUAAUCCAAAAUUGCGAUGAAUUGUUCGAAAGGGAGGAACUGUCCGCUGUUCCAGACGUUGGAUGGCCCGAUUGUUUUAAUUCCGGUGUCUUUGUUUUCAAACCAAGCGAAGAGACAUUCAAAGCUAUCCUACAAUUUGCUCUAAAAAAUGGCAGCUUCGAUGGCGGUGACCAAGGCGUCCUGAAUAUGUUCUUCAGUGACUGGCGAACGUCCGAUAUAUCCAAGCACCUAUCUUUUAUCUACAAUAUGAACGCAAAUGUCAGCUAUACGUAUCUACCUGCUUAUAAACAGUUUGGAAAAGAUGUCAAAAUCGUUCACUUCCUCGGGGCUAUCAAACCCUGGAUGGAAUCUUACAACAGUGACACCGGUCGCGUGCAACCGGGCAGUCCACACUCCUUAGAACACCUGCAGAUGUGGUGGGACAUUUUCAUGACAUUCGUACAGCCAAACCUGACAGAAGAAUGCAAAGGCAUUGCCGGUGAAUUGUCCAAACUGCAAUUAGGGUCGUCUUCUGGAUCAUCUGGUGGAAGUGCUGAUAACUCAGAAUCUCGAAGGUUCGCGUGGGAACGUGGACACGUGGAUUAUCUUGGACAAGAUGCUUUCUCUAACAUCGAGAAGAAAUUGCAGUCGUCCAUAAACGAAGAAAAAGAGAAAGAAAAAAAGAAGUAGUUUCUUAAAUAAAAUUUAAAACGUUCUGCUCUUCUUGUAAUGGCAGGGCCUGUGUUCAUCCCUGCUGUCUUUCGUAUUUAAAAUAUUUAAAUGUCGUGUUCUCCAUCAGAAACAAGUAUUGAAAAAAGAAAACUGUUCUCAGUACAUGCUUCUAUUUUAUUUGUCUAUUUUAAUUUCUCAUAUGGAAGCAGUAUCUUUUUAACAUAAUUAUAUUGCUCUAGGCUGGUGAUUUUAUUAAUUAUAUAUUUUAUUAACCUUAUUUUAAAUUUAAACUGAUUAUAUAAAAACUUAUUUAUUAGAAUUAUAAGGCUUUCCCUGGAAUUUACUUAAAAUUUUAGAACAUAUUACAGAUUCUCUGUGGUUCUAUAAAAGGAUUUUGUGUCAAAGCUAAAAAGUUAUCAGAAAUAAAUAAAUCUUUUCGAAAACGAAGUGAAAAAUAAAAGCAUAGUCGAAACUUCAAUUGCAUGAUAUUUUAUGAGCAUGAAAUGAUAAUACUCUGAUCAAAAACUGAUUUUAAAAUAAUAAAGAACAUUUAAAUUAAAUAAAUUCUUUAUAUCUCGCAUUAAGUAUCAUAAUAUCAUAUGUUUAUGAGUCAUGACAAUAUAAGUUAGCAGUACCAUAACAUUUUUCAGUGUAAAAAAAAUUUUAAUAUUUUGCUUUCAGACAUUUUUUGAAAAAAAAAAUCUACUACUGUUUGGUCAUUUGCUAUAACACUGCUUCAAAGUGAAUUAGACACAAAAAUUCUGGCUUCUUUUAACUGUCUAAGUAUUUGGAAUUUGUGCCAAAAAUUUAUUUAUUAUGAAAUAAUAUUCAAUUGUUUUGUUCUUAAUCUGGUAUUAUUAUUUUUUUGUUAUUUAAAUUUUAUGUUGAAAUUUUUUGUUAAAAGUUAUUAUAUAAAUUAACAGUGCUCAAUAUUUGAAUCUUAUUUUUAGGUUUACAUAUCAUAUAUCUUGUAAUAAGGGUUCAAGUCAAACCCUUAAUUGCAAUUGGCAUAUUUGAUACAUAUUGCAAAAAAUGAUCUGAUACAUACUGUUAAGAAUUUUUGCCAAAAUAAAUAUUGUGCCAAAACUUAUGAAAUAUAAUUUUUAUUUCCAAAAAGAAAAUGGUAUAUAUUACAAGAUAAUAACAAGAUGGUUGUGUGCUCUAACAAUUGUGUUUUUUAAUGUCUUUGUUGUAAGAUAAUAAAAAUAAUUUAAAUACAUUUCGACAGAAUUCGUUUUGCAUGCGCGUGUUGACUGAGUAUAAGAAAAAGGCCUUAUGUGCUAAUUUUGUAGUUCAGCAGUUUAAUAUCAAAUGUAUUUGAUUUAUUACACUUGCAAAAAUAAAACUUUUCAUUUUAUAGUUUU